UAAAAGGGUCUCUGAAUAGAAUCUGGACUCCUAUUUAAAGAGCUGUACGCAGAAUUUUAUUUGUAGUGCUUUACAAACCAACGAACUGAAUUGUUAGUUAAUUCAUAAUUUUCCAAAUUUUGCUAGAAUCAUGCAUCUUAAACACAUAGUAAUUUUAUCCGCAUUAUGCUUUUCUCAAUUUCUAAAGCAAACAGAGGCGCAAGGAACAGGUUUAUUAGAACGAUAUUAUAAGCAGUAUUUCAAGGACUAUUAUCCAUCCACUGUUCGCUCAUACACUUUGUAUGGAAAAGGUCAGAAUGGAGCCGUUGAUUUCCAAGGAGGAUUGCCGUACCCGUACGAAAAAAGCGGUCCCGUCCAUCCAUUGGUAUUUACGGCGAUCACAUAUCCUCCACCGACCCAUGGCCCUAAUCCCUACAAAGCCUCAAAGAGGUUGACAACUGCGGAGGAUGUAUCUUGGGAAUAUCCUGACCCCAAUCCCCUCUCAAAAUCCCCCCAAGCUGCCGGUCAACAACCAUCCCAGCCCUCUUUUCAACAACAACAAUGGGGUCCCGACAAGGACGUCAUUCUCGGACCAGAGCCCAUUGCAGAAAGUCGAAUGGUCGAGGACGGACCGGAAAUUCCAAUGAGCAAUGUCAACUUCAACGGGGAUGGACACGCAGAAAUCUCAAUGCAAUCGACAAUGUCGUUUUAGAGUCUAUUCAAGUUUAUUCA